AGAUCUAUUUUUGAACGAUUGAGUUUUUCGGAUUUACAUCGUACUAAGUUUGUGUGUUCGAACUGGAAUUCGAUUUCGAAACAAACAGUUCCCCAGCAAAACAGAUUUCCAUGGCUAAUGCUAUUUCCAGAUGGAGACGAUGGUUGCGUGCUGUACAAUCCAGACGAAGACAAGAUUUACAAAUCGGUAAGAGACUUCUUAGGGACUAUGUUCCUUGCAGACUUCUUGACUUGGGUAUCACUAUGCCUGGUAUCGAACCAAACUCCAUCUAUUUUACCCGUCAAGACCGUGUUUUACACCGUCAGGAUAUAAACCUGCACAUCUGUGUGUUCAAUCUCGAAACCAAGACCCUCAAACGCCUCCCUCGUCUCUCCAACAUGAAGCUCAUGGAUGCUCGAUGGUUUCUCCCUGGGAUUUGAAAAUUACCAACUUUUCCUUUAUUUCUCAUGUCUGCUUUUGGUUCUGAUUAUAAACUAUGACAUUGCAC